UGGAUAUCUCAUUUGAUCCUUUAAUUUCUCAGUUCAAGGGGCCGACAGAAAAGGAUGACUUUGAACAUUUAGCUAAGGACAGAUUGAAGUCAGAGGAGGUGAAUGAAACAAUGAAUUUGGUUACACUCCCUGCUCUCUUCAUAGAAACAAAUAAUCAAGAGCCCUCUGGUGCAUUGGGUGGUUUAAAGUCUGAUACAAACUACCCAACUGUUUUAGGACAAACUGCUUCAGCAAGUAAUGCAGAGACAUUUAAGGAAACUUCUUCUUACACGCCUCAAGUUUCAGGAAGUGAUGUUAAUUAUAUUAUCUCUAGUUCUAACAAGCCUGACCCCACUGCUAAUGGGGCGCAUGUCUUCCUAGAAUUUGAUCUCAAUUCAUCUGAAAUUUCCUUGCCUGAAAAUUCCAGUUUAGAGUUUUCUGAACUGAAUACACUUGCAUGCCCUUAUCCUGCACUGUCACCUACCUCCAAGAAUGAAGACGGUGCCGAUGACACAACUCUUGAUGACCACCCAAAAACCAAAAAAGAUGUCUCACAGUCAUCAGUAUCAAAAACAGACACUGUUGAACUUCCUCCUAGUAUCUCCUUUGAAUUCUCAGAGGGGGUGUCUGUGAGUCCUGAAACAUCACAGAGGCCUGAAAUGCUAGAGUUUGCUAAAGAUAUUGAAUCUGGGACAGUCCAUGAAGCUCCUGUGCUAUUAUUUGGAGACAACAGCUCAGGUGACACACUGGAACAGUCAACAGUGAUAUCUGAUUCCUUAGUUGGAGACCUAGACCAUCAGUCUAUUGAGCACAAUCUUUAUCCACAGUCUGACAUCAUUCAGAGUAAUAUAACACAAUCCAAUGAAGAAUUUUGGGGAUCAAAUGCCUCACUCAUUCAAAAUGUGGCGGUAAGUGGAAAGUCCCUAGCCGAAGCCACUGAGCCUUUAGUAUUCCAUGUUCAAUCGGGACAGAGUUCCCUAGUAUCAACUGCUCUGCCAGUGAAGAAUGGAGAGAAAAUGAAUGCAGUUAUGGACACCAUGCUACAGAAUGAAUCAGGAAAUGGUAUCUUAGAGGGUGUCAGUAGUAAAAAUAUCUGUUCUGAAAUUGGAGACUUUGUUCCAGAGAACCUAACUGAUAGCCCUAAUUUUUCAAUGUCUAAUGACAUGCAGGAAGACAAACAAGAGAAAGUCAAUGAAUUGCCAACUAGUCCAUUUAAGAAAGAUUACCUGGUAAGUCAACUCAGCACCAUCACUGAAGAGGAUGAAAUAAUACCCUCUAAUGGAACAACACUUCCUGUAGGACAUCUCCAUCCCACCAAUGUGAUUAGAACAGGGACAGAGGAGAAUGCUUCAGAUCUCAACUCGGUGCUCUCACCUGAUCGCGUUCUUCUCCACAGCAUGUACAAGAGUGCAGAUUCAGACCAUUAUCUCACUUGUGUAUCUCAACAGGAUUUCCCAGUUUCCCCUAGCUUAGAGCUUACAAAGGGAGUGAAACCAAGACAGGUUCUUUCUGAGGAAGACACUUCAAAAUUCAAAUCCUUGCCAAACCAUAUACCUAAUGUUGUGCAACAAGAUGACAUUUCUACAAAAGGCAUACCAGAAAUGGGUUUUAAGCAAGAUGAGGUCAUAGCAGAAAACAUUAAACCUUUUCCAGAAGCCUUAACAAAACAAGAAUCUCCUCUGGAUGUUCUGCCAAAUAAUUGCUUAUUGGAUCUCCUGCCAGAAACGCAUACCUUUUCCCCCAAAUUAGCUCCCUCACCCAACACAUCACCUGAGAACAUAAUAAAGUCAGAGUUUGAUGAAGCAGUGCUACAGUUCAACCCCUCAGGGCACAUUGUUGAGAAAUCCGACUUUCCCAAAGACAUGUCACCAGUUGUUGUUACCUCAGAAAUGAUAGCAGAACUUGAGGCUCAGCUUGCAUCAUUAGAUACAAACACGUGUUUGGUAGAUGAGAGUAAAACCUGCCCAAAAGAUGGAUCCUUUAAUAUUGAACCUUUUGGGAUUGUAUCAGAGAACAACUUGCAUUUAGUCCAGUUGACUGAUUCUAAUGCGUUUGUAUCCAAUUGUUCAUCAGAACAAACCUCCAGUAUCACUCAGGACCUUGUCAUAACUGAUUCUGACCUGAAAAACAUCUUUGUACCCCAGCCAACUGCAAUGCGCCUUCUUAGUACUAGCAUAGGUCUGGAAGAAAACCCUGGUUCUGCAGUCACUCACAAUGACCCAAAACCAAAUUCUAAACAAACCGAUAGUCUAGACUUAAAUAUAGAUUUUUGGACAACUCCAGCUGUCCAACAUUCUGUGACACCAGACCUAUUUCCUGUAAAUUGGCCCACUUUAUCCCAGCCAUCAGCCCCUUCACCCUUCGACCAACCAACGCUGACUUCCAGGGAUGAUCGUAGCCUUAACUUUACAUCAUCUUUAUUCGACCUUUCACCUGUAGCUUCCUCAACACCACAUGUAGCAGUAGACAAUAAUCCAUUGCCCCAGGUAUUCCCCUUCCCCACAAUUCCCCGUACCUCAAAGGUGCCACGUCCAACUCCUCUUCCUACUAUGCAGCCUGUGAGUUCUACAGCAUUCAAUCCUUUUCUCCAGGCUAAAUCACAGACAUCUGAUCAUCAGAGCAGUCCACACCCAGUGAAGCCAUUGACACCUCCUGAUGAGAAAAGGUCAGAGGGUCGCUCAGUCCUAGAGAAACUUAAAUCCACCAUCCACUCAGGACGAACAGGCCAGGAUGCUGACAAGAAGCAGCUAGUGGAGGGAGGAGGCACGUACUAUCACCUGAACCACAGUGAGCUGGUGAAUUUGCUGAUCCAGCGGGAUACUGAGCUCAGGCAGGAGCGGGAGGAGUACGAGAGGCGAGGCGCGCUGCUGGAGAAGCGCGAGACAGAGCUAAAGAAGAUGAAGGUUACGAUCAAAGAUCUAGAGGAUUACAUUGACACGCUUCUUGUACGUAUCAUGGAGCAGACCCCCACGCUGCUGCAGGUCGGCUCUAAGAUGAAAUGAUAAAACAAACGCCUCCACUAUCCCUGCACAAAUCUUGGGUGGACGUCACAACCCUGCACUGCUACAGCAAUCAUAUAGAUGUAGAGAGCUAUCUGGCGCUAGGGUGAUGGGCAUGGACGAUAGGGUGUACAUUUUGUGUUCUUAAAUGUGUCCAAAAAUACCUGGCCCUUUGCUGGGGUCCAUAUGCACUGCAGGUUUGCAUUUGAUGGUUAGAGGUCGGCACUCUGCUGCUAUACUUCAAAGCUGGUACGAUCCAUUUUGACAUGUGUCAGCUGAUGUUCACUCACUAGACAUGUCACUAAGACACGUGCCAGACCAGCUAUGUACCAAACCCACCGGUCAAUUGAAAGGAAGGCAUGUAUGUGACAUGCCAGUCUUCUAGUGUUAGUGUGAAUGGUUUCUAAUGCACGAAGAAAAACAUCAUCGAUUUAUCCUUUGUUUCUUCUGUCAUGUUUAUCUGACAUGUAAUGCUCAACUGCUUGAACCGAGAACAAAAGAGCGGGUUUGAGAUCACUUGAAAGUGUGCAAGAGGGAGCAUGAGACGUAGAAAGCAGGAAAGAGAGCAGAAUCAGCCAGUUUCGAAUCUGCUUCUGCCUUCCUACACGUCUUCCGCACUUUAUUUAAGAGCUUAAGGGUAGAGGAUCACACCAACUGACCUUCUCGCUUCGGUUCGCAGAUCAGUGUCCUUCCUCUCCCUUCCUUUGCUUGAGCCAAUGCACGUACAUCGCUGCCAGUGCUUUCAGGUGUAAUGAAUGGGAUAUAUACUGUAUUCAUUGCAUAUAUGCCACUCUGACAAUAUGCCAAAUGCUGCCUUAUCAUACAGUAUUUUCUCCAUUCUGUUCUCGCUGAGCUCAUCACAUUUAAUUAGAUUGAACAUUAUAUUACAAAACUAAUGGCGGAGUGUUUCAAGUUAAACUUUCACAAGGCUGUUAGGUAUCGAGAUGAACAAAUGGUUCUGAAGAAAGAACGAAAGCCAUGAAAAUAAUAAAAUACCAGAAAUUAUUUGCUCUAAAUUAACGUGAAAGUAUUCUCAAUACCGCAACGGCUCUGUUAAUGUUACUGUAAUGUAAUUCUGGUGUUUCUAUGAUGUCGCCACUAUCAGUGUUGCCACUGUAUGUGUACAAUGUAGCACUAUAUGUAGAUGUGUGAUAGAGGCAUAGACCGCAGCACUUUUAAACCUCAUCCCGAGGCAUUUACAACCGUUCUUUCUCAACAGCUUAGGAAGUGCACGUAAUCAAAUGCACACGUUCACUGCACAAACGAAUUGUUCUCUAAACAUGGGAUAUUCAUGGUGUUUCAGUGCUAGUACCUAAAGCUAAGAUCUAUCAAUAACUUAUUUUUGAGUAGAAGCACUUAAGGUGGAUUAAUGAAUGUUCAUUUAAGGUUUAAUGUAAAAGUUUACAAUUUUUCAAAAAUUUUACAUUUGAAUCAUGCAAAUAUCUAUUUAUGCUUUUAUUGUUUUGUUUUUUUGCUUUGUGGCCAGGUCUGAAGGUUCUGUACAAUCAGUUCAUUUAUUUUUCCAUUUCCUUUAAAUGCUGUUAGGUGUACAUUGUGAUUAUUGAGGUCAGUAGUAACAGAAAGCAAUAGAUGUGAAGGCCAGGCUUUUGCAGAAAUUAAGAGAUUCAUACUUUUUAGGUCUAAACAGAUGGAAUGUAAUAUGAAAUAUGUGCUUGGGUUGCCACUGUGUUGAACUGCAGUUUAUAUAAAUAUUCAAAAACACACACAGCCUGCAGCCUAGUAAGAAGGUGUGUUCAAGUGCCCUUGGCUGAAUGUUAUCAUGAAAUGUCAUGAGAUGUGUGCGUAGAAGAAGAUUUGUAUGCUUUUAAUGGUGAAGAUGAUAAUCAAAGCUACAUUUUAUGUAGUACAAACUCUGGAACUUGCGAAUAAAAACUUGUUUACUAUAUGACAUUUCAUUUUAUUUUUUAAAAGUCUGGAAUGUCUUCUUUUUUUUUUUCUUUUUUUUUCAAGGUCAUUUAAAACCUAGAUAUUUUUAAGGAAUUGCAAAGAGUUGUAGCAAUGCAUCGGUAAGCGGCUUGAUGCCCCAAUCCUCAUUCUUAAUCCUCAACUCUUCCUCCUUUGGUGUAAAUUUCAGUGGAUUCCUGUCACAAUCAAAAUAAGAAUGGCGUAGAUUAACCUCAUGUAUCAAGUAGCAUUUAAGCACCGAACAUUUGUUUUAGGUGCAAAAUAUCUGAAGUGCUUCCCUGAGGUGCUGUUUGAUCGGGUGUUCAGGAUGUAGUAACAUGAGUGUCCACUGGAGGAUGUGAUGUAUUCUUUUUAUCAAAUGCCUCAUCUGAGAGAUGUUCAGUUGUCUAUUGGUGUGCUCUUGAGCAUCUCUGCUCAGAAAAGGUCUCUGUUGAUGAAUAAACUUUUCACUUUGG